CAAAUGGAUGAGCUGAAUGACGAGCUGCUAAAGAAGAUCACAAACAAUAAAAUUCAGCCUCCCCACAGGAAUUUCAAAGUGGAAAAGCCUCAGCAAGUUUUUGUACCCCUCACCUUUGAAUCCAGCACUGAAGAAGUCAAAGCCUGGCUGGAGGCCAAGUCAUUCAGCAAAGAGACCGUGGAACACCUGGGCAUCCUCACUGGAGCUCAGCUCUUCUCCCUCAACAGAGAGGAGCUGAAGAAAGUGUGUGGUGAUGAGGGAAACAGAGUGUACAGCAAGAUCACGGUGGAGAAAAACCAGCUGGAGAAAAGCAGAGGAGAGUCAGAGCUCCAAGAAAUCAUGAAGCGCCGCCAGGAAAGGAUUGAUUCUGCUAAUUAAAGUCUCUCUGCUUUAUUUCAGCUCUUAGCCCUAAGUAGUGCAGAAAAAAAGGGAAUGAAAGCAAUGAUUCCCGGCCCAGGCCGGAGGCAGCAGAGCUCCCCUUGGGGUCCAGCUGCCAUCAGAGUGACAAUUCCUUGAACACUGUUGGGAAGGGUUGACAAUAAGACCAUGUCCCACUGGGAAAGGUGUUUUAA